UAUAAAAAAAUCUCGUUUAUUAAAAUUUUUUUAUUUUGUAUGUAUUUUACAUUGAGUGUUCGUAUUAGGAACAAAUUUUAGCUUGUCGUUCUUAUUAGGAACAUGACUCCUAAUACGAACAAAUUCACUUCUCAAAAAUAUACCGCUAAUUACUCAAUCAAUUUUUGAGAUAAUUAACUCAUUUUUGUAUCAUUGGAUGCGCCAAGUGCUCCUCUACUCAGAAAUGCAAAAGUAACUUUUUUAUGUUGAGAAAUGCCUGAGAAAAAUAGAAAAUAACCGAGGGUGUUGACACACCUGUUCUUAUUAGGAACAGUGCCUGUAACUCUCAUGUGUCACCUCCUUCGUGAACUUUUAUUUGUACAAGUCCAACGACAAAUUUAGUUUCGGAUCAAUUAGCAUUAAUGAUGGAACAUUUUAAAAAAAUGACAAAUGCAAUUGAUCAAAUAAGUUUAGAAAAAACAAUGGUUCAAUUACCAUCAUCUUCGCAAUCAGAUGAUUUAGAACAGAUGUUUCAAAAUAUCACAUGUUCUAAUGAUUUAUAUAUGCUAAAAUAUUUAGAAAUAGUCAGUUGGAUACCAUCACAUGUAUACCUUAUUUUAAAUUUAAAAAAACAAGCACUAAAACAUCUGUUAAGUACAAUUAAACUCUCAUUUGGUAUAUUUGAGAAAAGUGAACAAUAUCAACCAUGGAAAUUAUUAUCUCUUGGUUCACUGAUAUUGAAUCGUUUCCGAAGUGAACAAGUACCAAGACUACCAGAAUUAAAUGAUGACUGA